AUGGGCGAAAGCGAAAACCAAGUGGAACCAGCCAACGCCAGGGCCAGGGCUAGGCGAAGCUGCCAGCCUGGCCCCGGGCCUGCGGAGGAGAGCUGGUGCUCAUGGAAAGCCGUGACGGUGAGGGAGGCGGAGGGAACCGAGCCGGAGGCGGGGCGGACGGGCGGACGGGCGGACGGGCGGACGGGGUGGGACAGGUGGAGGCUCUCCGGCUGGGGUGCCUCGGGGUGCCUCUCGAAGGCCCAGCGCAGCCUGGACACGGUUCUGGCGGUGCCGGGGGAGGGAGUUGGGGAGGGGACGGUGACGGAGAGGAGGUUGGGGUUGGGGCGGCGCCCCGAACCGCAGAGGUCGCUGCGCCCACCUCUGACGCCGUCCUUGCCCGGGGGCAGAGCAGUGCGCUCCCGAGCGGCGUCCCGGAGCGCGGAGUCCAGGUCACCCGCCAGCCAUCACUCAUUGCCUCGAGACAGCAUCCGCCGCGUGCCAGGCGCCCCAGGUGUCAUGACGGAAACAGGUCCUGCCCUCUCCACGGCCGUGGGGCCUCCUCUCCAGCCUGGAGAAAUGAUGAUCCAGGACCAGGCCUGUCCCCCAACCCCUGGUGAGGCACCCGGGGGCUCAGACACAGCCCCUAGGAACGGUGGAGCGGUCAUAAGUCAGGUAUCAUUUUUACCAACUGGCCAAAGAGGUAAAAGACAGUCAGUUGUUGUGGGAAAAUGGCAGAAAUCCUUUUUCCUGCUCACCUGAGUUGUGGAAUGAGAUUCAGACCCACCGACCCAGGCCUGGGCAGAAGAGGGUUUUUAUCUAGAGCGCAGAAGGAAGCUGGACAUCCCUGGCACCCCAUUACUGAGAGGGGGAUCAGAGUUGUUGAAGGGGGAACCCACACAGCUGUGGCAGUAUGUUUAAGUCCAACUUAGAAAGAUUUUGGAAUAGGACUAGUGGACAAUUCUGUCUUUGUAGUAAAGAUUCAAAGAACGGGUCAGACAGCAGGCACAGUCAUGUAUUCAGAGGAUCAGCACUAAGCCUACAUCAUCCUGGGCUGCAGAAGAUAAUGCAGAAAUGACAACUCGGCCGGGUGCUUCCUUCCAUCUCUCCCGGGGAGCACGAACUAAGUCCUGAGCAGGUGCAAAACGGCAGAUGCUCCUGGAGCGGCCGGCCCAGCAAGCCCACGGCUAUAACCUUGGCCUCAACUCAAAAAAAAUUGUUUUAAUAUUUAUUUAUUUUUGAGAGAGAGAGAUACAGAGUGUGAGCAGGUAAGGGGCAGAGAGAGAGACAUACACAGCCUCUGAAGCAGGCUCCAGGCCCCGAGCUGUCAGCACAGAGCCUGACGCGGGGCUUGAACUCACGAACCGCGAGAUCUGAGCCGAAGUCGGACGCUCAACCGACUGAGCCACCCAGGCGCCCCUGUGGAUGAUAUUUCUAACUGCAAUACCAAACAAACCACCGUGGUGAAUUCUAUAAAUUCCCCAGACAUUUUAAAGAUAGGAACUUUUUGAAAUUUAAGUCUGGCUUACCCACUGUACCCUAAGGCAAUGUUUCUAAAUGGAGAUUUUUUUCUUUUCUUUCUUUAAAAAAAUUUUUAAUGUUUAUUUAUUUUUGAGAGAGAGAGAGAGAGAGAGCAUGAGCAGGGGAGGGACAGAGAGAGAGGGAAACACAGAAUCCA